AUGAACUCGUCCGCAAAGGUUAAGACUGUCCAGCUCUGGGAUAAGAGCAAGGAUGACCUGCUGAAGCAGCUCGGCGAGCUCAAGGCCGAGCUCGGCCAGCUGCGCAUCCAAAAGGUCGUCUCUUCCGGCUCCAAGCUCAACAAGAUCCACGACUUCCGCAAGUCCAUUGCUCGCGUCCUCACCGUCAUCAACGCCAAGCAACGCAGCCAGCUCCGCCUCUUCUACAAGAACAAGAAGUACGCUCCCCUCGACCUCCGCCCCAAGCAGACCCGCGCCAUCCGUCGCCGACUAUCGCCCGAGGACAAGGCCCGCGUGCUCGAGAAGGCCAAGAAGCGCGAGACGCACUUUCCCCAGCGCAAGUUUGCCAUCAAGGCUUAA